CGCUGCCACGUGCGCGCGCGGCAACAGUUUCAAAUAGCAUGUGUCCGCGGCCUGUUUGCGCAUGCGCAGGGACGCCGGCUCCAGCGCGCGUGCGCGCCUCGUGCUCAGCGGUCUCGUUGGCCUCACCUGGUCUGAGGGAGGAGGAGGGAAGUUUCUCGGUCCGAGCUUCUGCACAGACCGGGUCGGGUUUCUCCUGUUGGACUCCGGAGUUGGUGAAAGUUGAGGAGGGAAGGCGGUGAGAAGCCAGUGGGAGCCGAGGCGGCUCCAAAGAACAUGGCUUCUUGCUGGAAGAAGUGUCUCUGCUGGGCCAGCCAGACCCACCCGCCGGCGGCCCCGGGACACGAAGAAGGAGCUGAGGCGGCUCCGAAGGAACUGACGGCUUCUCCGUCCAAGAAGUCUCUUGGCCGGGCAAGCAAGGCACACCCGCCGGCGGCCCCGGGACUAGUGGAAGGAGCUGAGGCGGCUCCAAGAAACAUGGGUUCUUGCUGGAAGAAGUGUCUCUGCUGGGCCAGCCAGACCCACCCGCCGGCGGCCCCGGGACUAGUGGAAGGAGCUGAGGCGGCUCCAGAGAACAUGGGUUCUUGCUGGAAGCAGCUUUUUUGCUCAGCCUGGAAGAAGGGCCCCUCGGCCUCGGACCCGUUGCGUGACUGCGGGUUCUCCAGCGCCUUUUACCAUGUCCACCGUAAACAUCUGAGACCUUUCCACCAAGCCGCCUACACGGGUGACCUGCUCCUGUUGGACCACAUCGUGUGGAGCAUGGAAUGUGGCGUCAACGCCAGAGACAAGAAGAAGAGGACCGCUCUACAUCUGGCCUGUUCCUCUGGCCGGUCAAAAGUGGUGACUUUUCUAGUAAAGCAACGAUGUGAACUUAACAUCCGUGACGGCGAAGAGAGGACAGCUCUGAUGAAGGCCGUCCAGUGCCAGGAAGUGGAAUGUGCAGUUUUUCUGUUGGAACAAGGUGCCGAUCCAAAUCUUCAGGAUGUCUACGGCAACACUGCUCUCCAUUAUGCCGUGUACAAUGAGAAUGAGUUGCUAACGGCAGAACUACUUUCACACCAUGCAGAUAUUGAAGCCAAAAACAAGACUGACAUGACGCCACUUUUACUUGCUGUGAAUAAGAAAAGCCCAGCGAUGGUGGAGUUUUUACUAAAGAAAAAUCCAAAUGUAAAUGCAGUUGAUAAUUGGAAAAGAACUGCCUUCAUGCUUGCCUUACGUGGGAAAUCAUUAGAUAUAGCCAAUCUUCUUCUGCUUCACGGUGGCAUUGAUGUCUCUCUUAAAGACACGAGAGGAUGGACUGCAGAAGAUUAUGCUGCUUCCAAUGAUUUUAAAAUCCUUUACAAACACAUUCUAAUAGAGGAAGCAGGAAGUGGCAAUGAGAGCAGCCAAAAUUCUUCUAAGCAUCCUUCUCAAAAGAGCAAGCCAGAGGAUGAUGAUAGGAGAUCUGAAGACUCUUCUAGCAGUGAACUGGAAGUUGAUGUUUGUCAGUCAUGGCACUCGUCAGAUGAUGAAGACCCCCUUGGUCCUGAGCCCAAGAACCUUGAGAACAGGAAUUCUGAUAGUAUGAAGCUGUGGUUGAAAGCCUUCCCACAACAUCAGGCAAAGUCCAGGGCUUUUUCAUCCUGCCUUUCCAUCACCUGACCCUCUUCUGAAACCUUCUCUCAAGUCUUUAACAAACCCUGGUCUUACAAAGGAAGGACGAAAAAAGCCAACACCUGGAAAAAAAGUAAUAUGGUAUUGGUAUUAUUGAAAGUGCUCCUUGAGAGCAAAUAAAUAAUGACAGUUUUAUUUUCGUGUAAAAAACUAAUAGAGGUGGUAAGUUAGUAGUGAUUAUCUCUGAAAAUAUUUCUAUGCUUAAAUGCUGUUAUAAAAAAUCAAUUCAUGUGUGUAGACUAAAUAUAAUAUCCAUUUAUUUUAAAUACUUCUCUUUUACUAUCUUUCUAUAUACUACUGACUUCUUCCUGAAACUGCUUCAACCCUCUGAAAAUUCUUUUUUGCUAUUAAUUUUAUUUCAUUAAAAUCUUCGUGAGUGGAGAUAGACUUGUAUAUAUAUUUAAAAUUCAUAGUAAUAAAUGUCUCAUAAAUGUGUCUGUGAAUAACCUUCUAUAGAUAUAUCAGGAGAAGAGGAAAAUAUAAAAUUUCCGUUGGAACCUGAGAAUCUCUCUGAGCAUCUCCCGCCAACACCUGUUGUUCCUUUCGCUGAGGAUGCAGAUCAAGAAGGAGAAAAUACAGUAAAUGAAGAGGUAGAAGAGCCUCCCAAGGAAGAUCUUCCUUUGAAGCCUACAAUAGAAGCGAAAGAUUCUGUUGUGGAUGAAGCAGUAGGAAUGAAGAAUGUAGAAGAAUCCCCUUCAGCAGAACAAGAUUUGGAAGUGACAUCAGAGCAAAAGCAAUAAAGGCUUGAAGGAAGUGAAAAUAACCAGCGUCGGGAGAAAGUUUAAACACAUGUACCCUGACAGAAAAGACAUCUGAGAAACAGAAGUCCAUUAAUGGCCCACUUUUGCAUCUGCAAAAAUUGUCUCCAGAACCAGAACUGAAUAAGGAUUGUGACAGAGAAGUUGUAUCUAGAUAGCCAGCACUUCAUGCUGUGCAAAAGUCUGAGGAAAUGUCAGUCAAACCAGGCAAAGUAGAGAGGAAAAGUAAUUCAGAACUCAUCACAAAUGAGAUGAAGCAGAGUUUUGCUGAAAUUUGUGAAAAAUACAAACUUCUUGGUUGUUCUGAUGAGGAGCCUCUGCAAGAGAACUCUGAAGGAGCAACAAACCAAAAGGAAAUACUCCCUAACUUGACAGAUCGCAUGCUCGAUUAUAAGAAAAAGGAUGCAUCUAAAGUGCCGAUCUCUGGAGAAAUCCGGGCACUUCCUGAAGGAAAAGAUCCCCGUCUCAAAAAUGGCUUUCCAUGUCAGUCAUACUGUGGGUCCCCGGAAUAUGCUAAGAAAUAUACAAGCAUGGACCCUGGAUUGGAGAAUGUGAUUUCUUCUCCAUCACAUAGUGACAAAAUAUCAGAAAUACGUCUAGAGGAAGAAUUACAGCAAGACAUGCAAACAUUUAAGAAUGAGGUGGGCAUGUUACAAGCAGAGCUUUUGUGGCUCUGGAGAAAGAAAAAGUUCCACUUCAAAAAGAGGUUAAAGAAGAAAAGAAGCACAAAAGUAAUGAAAUGGUGGCAUCAGAAAACCUCUACGAUGGUGCUGCUGAUAACAGUGCCGAGGAUGGGGUAAUUCAAGAAAGAAAGAGUGGAAAACCUGACCGUCAGCACUUUCCUAGGAAGGAGAAUGAAGAGUCUGAUAGGAUGUCAGUCUCUCACCUGGGAUUCCUCCUGCCUUUGUAGUCCUUCCAUCUUAGCCUGUCUUGGGAGCUUCUCCUCAUGUCCCACCUUGGACACAUUGAAGUGUCCCAGGAUCAGUGGGAGGUAACUUAGAGACAUUUUAAGGAAGAAAGAUAUGAAACAAUAAUUGAAUAGUAAGUGUAAGAUCAAGGGCAAAUGUGUGGCAAAGAUGAUGAGAAUAAAGAAUAUAUUUUUGUGA